AUGAGCACCUCCCAUCAGCCGGCCCUGCCAAUUUCCGCCCAUGUGCCAGCUGCAAGCCACGCACCGUCUCCCAUCCAGAAGAAUGCGCGCCAGUACCCGGACAUGCUAGGCAAUCCUCCAGUUCCUCCGCCGAGGACCUCCUCCAACCGUCACAGCCCCAAUGGAUCAAGAGAGAAGGAUAGCUCACGGGGGAAAACCCGCGCCGAUCGUAAGGAAAACCGCGAUCGCGACCGCGACCGCAAUGGGAAGAGUCGAUCUCGACGUGAUCCUACUGAGCCGACACGAGAUUCGGGACGAUCCAGAGGAGCUCCCGUCGCGCCACCCGCAGAGUUGAGCUUGGAAGAGGGUUCAAGCCUGGUGAAAGAGCCUAGUACCGUGAUCAACGCGGUCAUGGUGAGCGAUCCCGCCGUGGACCGUGAACGAGAGCAGGUGCGCCAAGCGGGCGCAUCACCGGCUACUCCUGCGGACACGGACUUACCCAUCGGGCACGAAGGCUCUGAGGAUGGAGGCCGUGGGCCUCGGAGUCGCCAUGACUACGAUAACGGGAACACUAUCAAGCGAAAGGAAACCACCUUUGGCUCAUACAUCCUGGGUCAAACCCUCGGCGAGGGAGAGUUUGGCAAAGUCAAGUUGGGCUGGAAGCGAGAUGGCAGCAUCCAAGUUGCGAUCAAACUUAUUCGCAGGGACACACUGGGUACCAAUCCCACGCGCUUGCCGAAAAUCUACCGGGAAAUCUCGAUCUUGCGCGAUCUCGCCCAUCCCAACAUUGUCCGUCUCCACGAAAUGGUGGAAACAGACCGACACAUCGGAAUCAUUAUGGAGUACGCGUCUGGGGGAGAAUUGUUUGACUACAUUCUAAAUCAUCGUUACCUAAAGGACAACUCUGCCCGCCGAUUGUUCGCCCAGCUGGUAUCAGGUGUUGGUUAUUUACACAAGAAGGGCAUUGUGCACCGUGAUCUCAAGUUGGAGAAUCUGCUACUAGAUCGGAAUCGUAACAUCAUCAUCACGGAUUUCGGUUUUGCUAACACCUUCAACCCUAUUGAUCAAUUGGAGGAGGAGAUUGAAUACAACCUGACCAACAAGGAAUACGUGAAGCGGAAGCGCCUCGACAGACUGGGACCGGAUGGUUUGCGCCGCGGGGACCUUAUGCAGACCAGCUGUGGAAGCCCCUGUUAUGCCGCUCCGGAACUGGUGGUGAGCGAUUCAUUGUACACCGGACGAAAGGUCGAUGUGUGGAGUUGUGGUGUGAUUCUGUAUGCCAUGUUGGCCGGUUACCUUCCAUUUGAUGACGACCCAGCGAACCCCGACGGUGAUAACAUCAACCUCCUCUACAAGUACAUCGUCACCACGCCUCUCACCUUCCCUGAAUAUGUGACCCCCCACGCUCGCGAUCUUUUGCGGCGGAUCCUGGUCCCUGACCCCCGCAAGCGGGCAGAUUUGUUCGAAGUCGCUCGUCACAGCUGGCUCAGCGAAUACGCCCACAUUGUCUCGCAUAUCACUAGCAGCACCACCAAUGUGGCGGACAUUGCCAAUACCACCGUCCCAGCUGAAUCGCCAAAUGAACCUCCGCCUCUUGCCCGUAGUGCCUCUGUCCGUGAACCUCCUAAGACCAGCCAGGGCAAUGUUCCGGCCGUCGGUGGUCUGAAUCACCAUGCUGGUGAUGUCUCCCAAGAAACUCCAAGUGACAAAUCCAAGACCUCCCGAGAUGCGAAGCGGAGGACGGUGCAGGUUGAAUAUGUGGCUCCCCAGUCUCAGACAGCGAGAGGUGAAUAUCAGCCCGAGGCCUCUGGAUCACGCAGCGGAGGGCCUGCUCAAUCCGAGGCUCCAGCUGCCGAGGACCUUGUUAAGCCAGCUCCUAAGCCCGUCGGGAAACCACCGAUCAACUAUGACAAGCCAUUGCCCACCCACUUCCCUCGGUCGGCAUCGGAUUACCCUGUGGCCACUGCAACACACACCACAGCUCCGGUCCCGGCUCCGGCACCGUCAUCUGCACGCCCCCAAACAGGAGGCUCCAUGGCAUCCUUCAACACGGGUCGACUACCUUCUCGCGGACAACCGGUGGCGCCUAUGGUUACCGCGACUAAUACCGAAGGCCGUCUGGCACAGCCCAAGAGCAGGCAAUUUGCAUUCCCCCAGAAUCCCGCGCAGUCAUCCAGUACAUCAAUUGGUCGUCCCAGCACCCAACAAUUACCAUCUGCAUUCAAUCCAACCCCGCGACAGGACCCACCGGCCAAGGGUCACAAGCGAUCCAACACUGUGUCAAGCAUCGGUGAAAGGUUGUUUGGACGCUCAGCUUCUCUCAUGGGCGGUAAUCGCAACUCUCAAACCACAGCUUCCCGGACACGACCCAGCAAACGGUACCCUCCUACCAGCAUGAAGGAAGCGGUUCCUCGCGAUGAUUCUCGUGGUUCAAUGGACUCGCGCCGUUCCAUGCAGAACCCGCAUACUCGCAAGGCGAGCGAAGCGGGAGAGGGCCGCCCUCGUCGCUUUUCCCUCUUGCCAGCUUCUUUCUCCUUCCGAACCUUCUCAUCUGCUCGAGCCCAGACCCCUGAGGACACAUCCCAGGGCCCAUACCCCGUGGAUCCUCGCAGUCAACAGCGUCCAGCCACCGGACCUUUACCUAAUCGCCCUCGUGCGACCAGUUAUGGAACCCAAGAGGCGAUGGGUAUGGUGAGCGAGGGCCCUAGUGACGAGGUUCAUGACGAGUCAAAACCAAGCGAGCCAGAGCCUCUCAGCUACGAGGCUCAGAUUGACCAGCAAUUUGCUGAGCUGGGGAACCGAUUUGACCAGACCCAGGACUCCUUCGGCAACGUCUCUUCGGAGCACGUGUAUGAAAACCCAGAUGAGCAGUAUUCUGGAACCAACUACACGUACGGGUCUUCCAAGCCCAACUACUAUGAUGAUUACAACAGCACAUAUGAUAGCUUGCCGCGGCAGUCAAUGCAGGCUGGUCGGUCUGGGCGGGGCCCAGGUGUUCUUCAGAAGAACAACCGCAAGUUUGCUGAUGCCUAUGAGUAUGAGCGGGAUCUUUCCCACCAUUCAGGCAGCUCUGGUGCGGCUCGGAAGGUCAUGGACUUUUUCCGCCGUCGAGCCAAGUCCCGUGCUGGUGAGGGUCAAUAA